AUGGAGGGUGACAAUGUGAAAGAAGAAGCUCCUCAAGCUAAUCAAGCUCUGAUUAAUCUUUCGGCUAUAUCGGAUGUGGAGGUUAGGUCGGCUUUUCAAAUGUUGGUCCAAGCUUUGAAGACUCAAGCUCAAGCGGUGACGGCUUAUGCCAAUAGAGAUGUUGUGACUCAUGUGAAUCCUAAUGUGAAUUCGGCUACUUCAAGGGUUAGGAAUUUUGCUAGAAUGAACCCUCCCGAAUUUCAUGGCUCCAAACUGGAAGAGAAUCCUCAAGAAUUUUUGGAAGAGGUUUAUAAAAUACUUGCUAUUAUGGGGGUGACUUCGGUAGAGAAAGCGGAGUUGGCCACUUACCAAUUGAAAAGUGUUGCACAAGAAGAGAAACUCAAGAAAAAUAAUAGGGAGGUGAAAAGAGCUAGGACCGGUGAUGGGAACUUCUCCAAUGCUAGGUCUGGUGGACAAGGUCGACCAAGGUUUAAACAAAGGUUUUCCAACCAAGGCUCCUUUAGUACUUCCCCAAGGGUCAACAAGGAUAGGGUGUCUAACCCUAAACCUCAAGGAGGUAAUAGUGGUGGUUCUUAUGUGGCUAGGCCCAAUUGUGCAAAAUGUGGAAGAAAACAUGAUGGUAAGUGCUUAGUUGGCUCGGACGAUUGCUAUGGUUGUGGAAAGAGUGGCUACACGAUGAGAGAUUUCCCGAUGCUCAUGGCCAAGGGGAGAGAAGGCAAACAAGCUCCUCCAAGCGGUUCAAACUCCAAUGCCUCAAAGCAAAACCAUUUUUAUGCUCUUCAAUCCCGAGGUGACCAAGAGAGCUCUUCGAAUGUUGUGACCGUAAUGGUGAGGGAUGUUGAAUCUGAAACCCCUUCUCUAGAGUCGGUUCUGGUAGUAAAUAAGUUCCCGAAUGUUUUCCCUGAUGAUUUGCCCGGUAUUCCUCCCAAGCGGAAAAUAGAUUUUGGUAUUGACCUUCUUCCGGACGCAACCUAUCUCAAUUCUUCCUUAUAG